AUGGGGUCGUCGGACCGCUCGGCUCGGCCGCGCCGCCCACCGGCGCUGCGCGGCCGCCACGCAGGCGCCCAUGGCGUGCUGGUAAGGGAGGCCCGGUGCGGCCGGGCAGCCCCGAGGGGCGGCGCCUCGCCGCGCGGCGGCAGCCGCGGCGGCGGAGAGCAGCGGUCCAAGACCGGCGCGGCGGGCGCUCUCCGGAGGCCGGGGCCAGGAAGCGGGGUCGCCGCAGCAGCCAUGGGGGAGUGCGCGGCACGCCCCGCGGGCCCAGACGCUGGAGGCGCAGGCGCCGACGGCGGGGGCGCAGGCCCGCCGCACGAGCGCCUCGCGAAGGCGCCGCGGUGGUGCUUGAAGGCCGCCGACAACGACGUCGGGGGCCCGUUCCAGUACCGCGUGGAGUUCCGGGGGCCCGUGGCCGACCACGAGGCCCAAGCGAUCCGGGCGCUGUCGGAGCUGCUGUGGGUGGGGCCAGGCAGGCCCGGCGAGGCGGACGCGGCGCUCCGCAGGUGCUGCUCCGCGCUGGAGCAGAUGAAGGUGCUGCACGGCGACAAGCUGCAGGACUACGUGGUGCCCGUGGCCAACAUGGUGCUGCACGCGCCCUGCCGCGCGGUGCGGACCAGCCUGUGGAGCCGCUUCGUCCUGGCUCAGGCGCAGGAGGACUGGACGCUGGGGCACCUCUUCUACUGGGCCUUCAGGUGCGUGGCAGACUCGCCGGACGCAGAGGGCGGCGUCCGAGAGGACGCCGAGGCCAAGUGCGCCGAGGUCGCAUGUCUCCUGCGCGCCAAGGCGCUGUCACUGGGGCUGCAGGUGCUCCUGGAGUCCGCGAACGACGCGGCGAGGCUCGGCCGGACGCAGCCCAGGGCUGUCGCGAUGGACCCUGACCAGGUGACCCCGCUCAUCGACCUCCUCACAGGUUGA